AUGGCCGACAGCUCCCUGCUCACGUUGCGUCGGAAGGCAGAGGCUCCCGGGGAGGGGGAGUCGCGGGUGUCCCAGCUGUUGGCGCUGCUGAGGCAGGGCGACUGCCAGCCCCGGCCUUGCUUCCGAGGCAACAAGUACGGCCGGUCGACAAGAGGGGGUGGGCUCCCCGAGCCCUUUCGUUGGGGGGGCGCCGGUGGCGUGGGGGGUGGCGGUGGAGGAGGGGAGGGGCGGAGCGACGCCGGGGUCGGAGGUCACGGGGAGGAGAAGGCCGGAUCAGCAGCAGCAGCAGCAUCGUCAGCUCGCUGGUGUCGAGGUGACGUCAUCUUCCCGAAGACGUCACCCGACACACAUCAUCCUCCACAACAUCAUCAUCAGCAGCAGCAGCAACAUCAUCAGCAGCACCAGUAUCAUCAGCAGCAACAUCAUCAGCAGCAUCAGCAGCAGAUUUAUGAAAAUCUGCUGCAGUACGGCCAUCAGCAUCAGCAGUAUCAUCAGCAACUUCAUCAUCAGCAGCAGCAGCUACAACAGCAGCAUCAACAGCAGCAGUAUCAACAUCAUCAUCAUCACGAUGAUCUGCAUCAUCAUCAUCAUCAUGAUCCACAUCAUCAUCAGCAGCAGCAUCAUCAGCAGCAUCAGCUGCCGUUUUCGACAUUUGGCAAGGCUCAGAUGGGGUCUCAGCUGAUCCCAACAACACCGCCAUCAUCAGCGCCAUCAUCAGCAGCAUCAUCAGCGCAAUCAUCGUCAUUAUCUCCCGUCUCGCACGGAGAGUCGUCGUCAUCGGCGGCUCGGCUUCAAUACAUGGAGAUGACGAGUGGUCAUCUCCAGGAGAGUCUACAUGAUCAUCAUCAGCAGCAUCAGCAGCAUCAUCAUCAUCAGCAGCAUCAGCAGCAUCAUCAGCAGCGUCAUCAGCAGCAGCACGAGCAGCAGCAACAGCAUCGUCAGCAGCAGCAGAUGUCUGAUCAUCAUCAUCAUCAGCAGCAGCAGCAGCAUGACCAGCAGCAUCAUCAUCCUCAUCAUCAUCAGCAGCAGCAGCAGCAUGGACAGCAUCAUCAGCAGAGGUCUCAUCAGCCUCAUCAUCCUCAUCAUCAUCAGCAGCAGCAGCAGCAUGACCAGCAUCAGCAGCAGAUAUCCCAUCAGCCUCAUCAUCAUCAUCAUCAGCAUGAGCAGCAGCAGUAUGAGCAGCAUCAGCAGCAGCUGUCUCAUCAUCAUCAUCAGCAGCACCAUCAUCAGCAUCUCGUUGAAGGAGUUCCGAGUCUCGACGACGACGAUGACGACGAGUUUGUGGGUUCAGCCGACGACGACGACGACGAUGACGCUGCCUCCAUCGCCCUUCGGAGUUCAUCGACUCCCAUCAGGGAGCCAUCAACGGCUCGACCCAAAACCUCCGCAAGUCCUCACGCUCUCCCCGGACUCACCGGACUCACCGGACUCACCACCACCGGCACCGGCACCGGCACCACCACCAGUUCACCGAGCCCCAUCAAGAUCUCGGCCAAUCUCCACGCCGCCACCGCUACCGCCACCGCCGCUACCCCAUCGGGUCCCGUCCACUACGGCGCCGCCAGAGGUCCGGUGGGUCUCCGCGGCCGGUCGGAGGCCGUCAGCGUCCCUCCGGGCUCCUCCACGAAGGAUCCGGAAGGCCGCGGAUCUUUCACGAAGGAUCCACGCGGCGGUGGUUCCUUCACGAAGGAUCCGCACGUCGGCCGGGGCUCCUCCACGAAUGAUUUGCACGGACGCAGUUCCUUCACGAAGGAUCCGAAUGUCGGCGGGGGCUCCUCCACGAAGGAUCCGGAAGGCCGCGGAUCCUUCACGAAGGAUCCGAACGUCGGCCGGAGCUCCUCCACGCGGCCCGCUCAGAAGAAGCGUCACGGAGGCCGUCAGAGGGUGGGCGAGGAGGUGGAGGUUGACGAGGUGGUGGCGGCGGCUGAAGAGGUGGAGGAGGUGGUUGUGGAGGAGGUUGAGGAGGAGGAGGUGGGCUUCGAGGAGGCCCUGUCGAGGCUGGGCGAGGACGUAGCGAGGCCCACGGACGCUGGAGGCCUCAUGGCCGAAAUCACGCGCCUCCUCCAGCAGCAGCAGCAGCACCACGCGGUGUAGCGGCCUCUAGUGGCUGAUGCGUAGAGGUGUGUGGCUGUGUGUGUUGUGGGUGAGCUCCUCCGGCAGGCAAGGCUGCGUUGGCUGGGUCAUGUAGCCCGCAUGUCCAGCCACCGCAUGCCUAAGCAGCUUUUGUUUGGCCGGAUCGAGGGGGCUAAACGGGCGCGGCACGGGCUAGAGAAGAGAUGGAGUGACGUGGUACAGGAGGACGUGGAGCUGAGUGGACUUGCCGAUGACUGGUACCAGCGGUGUCAAGAUCGGCCUCUGUGGAGGAGGCUCGUGAAGGACGCUACUGGGCAGUUGGAGGAAGUCGCCCUCCAACAACAACGGAGGGCGGAGGAGCGACGCCCACAACAACGAGCGGAGCGCCGGGUGGCUAAAGCACAGCAAGUUGGUACAGUAGGGGGCACAGGUGGUGCAUCAGCCAGUCAUCUCAGUCAUCUCGGUCAGUUGACCCGUGGCACCUGCUGGGUCUGCCCCGUGACCUCCUGCCAGCGGGCGUUCGACACUUCACGUGGCCUCAAGGUGCACUUGGCCUGCCACAAGCGUCGUGGUGAUGUCACCACCACUUAGUGGCGAAUGGCAGUUGUUGUUGUUGUUGUGGGUGGGGGGUGUCCAUGUAAAUCAGGGGUGGGGAACGUCCGGCCCGCGGGCCUAAAGGCCCGCAAAUGAAUUAAUCUGUUCGAGCCAUGACAUUAGGGGUGAGUUAAUGAAAUGUUUGACCCAAUAGAACGGGCUAAUUUUUAAGUUGAUAAUUGUAUAUGGCCCGCGAAUGACGUUGUAAAUAUCCCCACCCCUGAUGUAGAUGGAUCGGUGCGUGCGAGGGGCUGGUAACACUUCCGCCUGGCACUGUUUCUCUAGCAAGCACCACGCUAGAAACACUGAAAUGAAAUCGGCGCUAGAGACCCCGGGGGGGACAGGCGUUCGUGACGCCUUCUGGCCGAACUCCAUCUGGCAGAGCCAGGAGACUGAACCCACCCCCCCUCCACCCACCCCUCUCAGCGUUCACCCAGGAACACUGAGAUUGGCCACGUGGAAUGUCCGAACUCUCGUUGCGGAGGAGAGACUGCCUCUCCUCUGCCGGGAGAUGGACCCAUAACGGCCUGAACCUCUGUGCAAUACAGGAGGCCUGGUGGAUCGGUUCUGGCUCCUGUCAUCACUAGGGGUGGACAUUUCUCCACUCGGGGCAGGGAACUACCAAACAGCAAGGAGUGGCUCUUCUUUUGAACAAAAGAAUGAAUGUGGGAGCGUGGCGGUGAGGUGAGGUGUGGGAAGUUGUAAGCCCCAGGCUAAUGUGGGCUCGCCUUCCUAUCAACCGGAGGCGAGGAGUGGUGGUGGUUACUUAUGCACCCACCGAAGAUGAACAUCCGUGGAGGAAUGCAUGCAAGGUCAAUGAGUCAGAUGCCUUCUAUGACCUCCUGUCUCAGGUGCUAGCUAAAGUGGUCCCUUGAGUCAUCCUGUUGGGUGACUCCAAUGCCUGAGUUGGUCAUGAUGCUGGCACCUGGUCUGGAGUGAUUAGAAGGCAUGGGCCAGAUCAGCUCAAUAACAACGGCAGGAGGCUGCUAGAUUGUUGUGCAGCCCAUGGGCUUGUAAUUUCGAACACGCUGUUCCGGCAUCGGCGCAUCCACACAACAUCAUGGAUGCAUGCCGGGUCCAAGCAAGAACAUCUGCUGGACUACAUAGUGAUGGACCAGCGGAUGCGAGCCCAUGUCCAUGACACCAGGACCUACCGUGGAGCUGAUCUGCCUACUGACCAUCGACUUGUCAUCUGUAAGAUGCACCUACCAUUCUUCCACUCUGGUGGUGGGUGUCCAUCUAGGACCCCAUUCAAACCCAUAGUGGCCUGGUCUCAGCCAGCUGAUGAAAGUUGCAAGCGAGAAUUGCAUCAUCGCUUGCGGCUGGGGUUGGCAUCACCCCCCACUCCUCCUGAUGCCGAGGGGAAAUGGGCGAGGUUUAGGACUGUGGCUCAUGCAGCUUCAAUGCCUGCUUUGGGUACACGGUCCAAACCUCCCCAUACACCCUGGCUGACAGAGGAGGUGUUCCGGCUGAUUGAGAAAAAGCCAUCUGGUCCAACACCAUGUGAGACUAGGCUCUAAGAAAAGCUGUCUCGGGUGUGGACCAAUCAACUUCAAGGACAGUGCAUACAUGAUCAGAGUUGUGUUUUUUGUUUGCAUUCCGACCGCAGGUAUUGUGGUCAAUGCAAACAUGACUACUUGUCAAAAAAAGGUGUCAGUUUUGUUGCCAGAUAAAAGGGUAAAAACCAAUUAUCAAUGAGGAGGCUUACCGCAGCCUUCGCUUGGAUGUUCGGAAAGCCGUGUGGCGCUGCAAGGAUGAGUGGUGGUUGCGGGUUGCUGAGGAGAUGGAGUCUGCCUCAGCAGCCCGCGAUCACAAAUCGCUCUUUAACUCCAUCAAAAAAGGAACUUACAGUGCCACACCUAUUAUCAUCCUCAGGGGAAAGAACGGUGAUCCAAUCUCUGACCCCCCAGGAACAGGUUUGCAGAUUUGAUGAGCGUUUCUUUGAGGUCUUGGGGGAGAGGAAAUUUCUCAGCCUGCAAAACAUCGUGGGGCAAAGUGGGGAUGACCCUGCUGAGGCUGUGCCCUAUAUGACAUCAUAACAACAGUUUGAACCACUGGACGGGUUCCGCAGGAUUGGAUGGAUGCCCUGGUGGUCCCCCUCUUUAGGAAGGGGGACCGCACAGACUGUAACAACUACAAGGGCAUCUCACUCCUCAGUGUGCCGGGAAAGGUCCUGGCAAGGAUUAUUCAACAUCGCCUUGCAAGGCACGCUGAGGAGAGGCUUGCGGAGCCCCAAUGCGGUUUCAGGAAAGGGUGGUCCUGCACAGAUGCCAUAUUUUCUGUCCGUCUGCUACAGCAGAGGUGUAGAGAAUUCCAUCAGGACCUACAUAUCUGCUUGAUUGACCUGAUAAAGGCCUAUGAUAUCAUCAGUAGGCCUGGGCUCUGGGUUGUUUUUUGUGCUUUUGGAGUCCCUGACCCUCUGCUCACGCUCAUUAAGGACCUUCGUGAUAGUGAGCGGGCCCGGGUGAAGCCACGUGGCCGGGAGUCGGAGCCAUUCCCUGUACACCUUGGAGUGCGACAGGGAUGUCCUCUGGCUCCCACAUUAUUUCACAUAUUUUUUGACCACGUAGUUCGUGACGCCUUCCAUGGCUGCACCGGAGGAAUUUCCAUCUGGUACAGAUAUAAUGGGAGGUUGAUCGACGCCCGGGUGCGGUCAAGGGAUGGCUCCCUAUUGGUCACCCACGUUAUGUAUGCCGACGACCUGGAAAUUGCGGCUCACUCAGAGGAGGAGUUGGAGGCGCUGCUGCUGAAACUGGAGCGUGCCACUAAGAGGUGGGGCCUUACCAUCAGCCCCAUCAGAAAGAAGCACCUGCCUGGGUAUUUUGUGCCAUUAAACACUCCACCCCCUCAACUCCCCUUUGGUGGUGGGGCAGUUGUGGAGAGAGUGGAGAGUUUUCCCUACUUGGGCAGUGUGCUUAAGACCAGCUCUGGUUUGAUAGCGGAGGUCUCACUCCGAAUCAGUCGAGUGUAACGCUGUGUAGAACUAACCUGGUCCGUCACUCCACAUGAAGCUUCAGGUCUUCUCGGUCACAGUCAUUCCCUCCCUUCUCUACGCUUGCGAAACGUGGACCCCCCUAGUGGAAUAUCGUCGCCGGUUAGAAACAUUUAGGCUGGCCUGCCUAUGAUCCAUCCUGGGUUUAAUUUUGUGUGGAGCUCACAAAUCCUCGAAAGAUCUGGACAAAGUCCCAUCGGUGAGCUCCUCCGGCAGGCAAGGCUGCGUUGGCUGGGUCAUGUAGCCCGCAUGCCCAGCCACCGCAUGCCUAAACAGCUUUUGUUCGGCCGGAUCGAGGGGGCUAAACUGGCGCGGCACGGGCUAGAGAAGAGAUGGAGUGAUGUGGUACAGGAGGAUGUGGAGCUGAGUAGACUUGCCGAUGACUGGUACCAGCGGUGUCAAGAUCGGCCUCAGUGGAGGAGGCUCGUGAAGGACGCUACUGGGCAGUUGGAGGCAGUCCCCCUCCAGUAACAACUGAGGGCGGAGGAGCGACGCUCACAACAACGAGCGGAGCGUCGGGCGGCUAAAACACAGCAAGUUGGCACAGUAGGGGGCACAGGUGGUGCAUCGGACAGUCAGCUCAGUCAGUUAACCCAUGGCACCUGCUGGGUCUUUCCCGUGAACUUCCGUUAGCGGGCGUUCAACACUUCACGUGGCCUUCAAGUGCACAUAAGCACAGCGGUGACACCACCACCAUUUAGUGGUGAGUGGCGAUUGUUGUUGUUGUUGUGUGUGUGGUUGUGUGGUUGUGGGUGUGUGGGUGGCUGGCUCACGUAGCCCGCAUGCCCAAGCACCAUAUGGUCAAGCAGCUUCUGUUUGGCCGGAUAGAGGGGGCGAAACGGGCUCGAGAAGAGAUGGAGCUGAUGGGGUUACGGGAAGACGUGGAGCUGAGUGGACUUGCCGAUGACCGGUACCAGCGGUGUCAAGAUCGGUCUGUGUGGAGGAGGAGAGUCGUGAAGGACGCUACUGGGCAGUGCCAGGCUAGGUGCACGUUUAGGCUGCUGGCCAGUUAGAGACAGUCGCCAUCCAGCAACAACAACAACGGAGGGCGGAGGAGCGACGCUCACAACAACGAGCGGAGCGCCGGGUGGCUAAAACGCAGCAAGUUGGCACAGUAGGGGGCACGGGUGGUGCAUCUGCCAAUCAUCGCAGUCAGUCAACCCAUAGCACCUGGGACCUUCCCGUGACCUCCUCAUGCACCUAGCCUGGCACGGCAGACAACCAAUAGCACCUGGGGUCAAGUCCCUUGACCUGCUGCACCUAGCCUGGCACGGCAGUCAACCAAUGGCACCUGGGGUUGUCUGCCUUACCACACUUCACGUGGCGGCCUCAAGGUGCACCUAGCCUGGCACGAGCGCCGUGGUGACGUCACCGCCACGACAGCGGCUGCCACUUGAUGUGGGUUAAUGGAGUGGCGGAUAUGGGGAUUUUGCCGAUAAUAGUAUCCGGAUAAGAGGAUCGGCAAGCCCUAUUAAGUCAUUGGGGUAUCGAUAUUUAAACGUAGCACUCUGUAUGGCUUUGUAUUUUAAAGGGACCGCGUAUAGCCUCACGCUAGUUUAGCACUUGGUAAUUUGCAUAUCACACAGCCUGCUGUUGAGGUGGCUGGGUAGCUGAGUGGCUGGGUGGCUGAGUGGGUAGCUGAGUGACUGAGUGGCUGAGUGGGUAGCUGAGUGACUGAGUGACUGAGUGGCUGAGUGGCUGGGUAGCUGAGUGGGUGAGUGAGUGGGUAGCUAAGUGGGAAGCUGAGUGACUGAGUAGCUGAGUGGGUAGCUGAGUGGCUGGGUGGGUGGCUGAGUGGGUGGCUGAGUGGGUAGCUGACUGGCUGGGUGGCUGGGUAGCUGAGUGGGUAGCUGAGUGGCUGGUUGGCUGAGUGAGUGGGUAGCUGAGUGGGUAGCUGAGUGGGUAGCUGAGUGGCUGAGUGGGUAGCUGAGUGGCUGGGUAGCUGAGUGAGUGGCUGAGUGAGUGGGUAGCUGAGUGGCUGAGUGAGUGGGUAGCUGAGUGGGUGGCUGAGUGAGUGGGUAGCUGGUUGGCUGAGUGAGUGGGUAGCUGAGUGGGUAGCUGAGUGACUGGAUGGCUGAGUGAGUGGGUAGCUGAGUGGGUAGCUGAGUGGGUAGCCGAGUGAGUGGGUAGCUGAGUGAGUAGCUUAGUGACUGAGUAGCUGAAUUACUGGGUGGCUGAGUGGGUAGUUGAGUGGGUAGAUGAGUGACUGAGUAGCUGAGUGGCUGAGUGGGUAGUUGAGUGGCUGGGUGGCUGAGUGGUUAGCUGAGUAUAUUUUUGUUAUCCUCCCCCACUCUGCCUGAUUGCAAAGACAAAGUCCCCCCGUGUAGCCUCUAGCAGACUGUAGGGGCAAGUGCUGUUAGCGAGUAGCAGCACCUUUGAAGGCUACCAGCACAGUGACACACGAGGGGUGGGUGGUCAGCACCAAGCCCGCUCGGACGUCUUUGUCUUCCCCAAUUGACGACGUUUGUCACUCACACCGUAUCGAGGUACUCAAUUGAGGCUGAGUCGACCUAGGGGAGGCCCAGUCCCCUGUGGCGAACGCACGGCACCGCUGUGAAGCCUGCAGCACUGUCGAAGUUGUAUUUAUAUUUAAUUUACUCGGAGGUCCAUUUCCUUAGCGUCGUGGUUUAUGUGUUUCGUGUUUCUACGUAAAUGCGCCCUUCGACUUUGUAUCGUCACGCGAUAUACAAUUGUAAUGUGAGGAUAUAUCCGGCUCACUGACGUAUCACAACUCGUCACGAUGAUUGGCUCUGCCGGUCCUGGUCUAUAGCCAAUGGGGGGGAAGCCUAGGGGCGUGGCCCUGACGUAAUGGAUAGGUGACAGCUGCAAGUAGAUGAUUGGUUCUGCUGGCUUUGGCCACAGCCAAUGGGGAGACGAGUCAGGGGCGUGGUCCUGGGAGCCUACCAGGGAGUCUGGAAUAUUCCAUGGGCGGCUAACCAGGAUUGGUGGAAACGUACCACGUGACCCGGGUAUUAAAUAGGGGUGGAGACGAACGACACGUGGUCAGAACGGGAACGAACGGAGGAAGGGGGCCACGCGGGAGCGGGGCUCCGGGUUGCCACGUGGUCCAGGCUGCCACGUGGUCCAGGCUGCCACGUGGUCCAGGCUGCCACGUGGUCCAGGCUGCCACGUGGUCCAGGCUGCCACGUGGUCCAGGCUGCCACGUGGUCCAGGCUGCCACGUGGUCCAGGCUGCCACGUGGUCCAGGCUGCCACGUGGCGGUGCGUCUCUCUCUCUAUCUGUCCCUCUCACGCUGCCUGCCAGCAGCGUGAAGGAAACUGUAAUACAAGUUGAAUAAAAGACCGGAUUCCAGAAGUCGCCUCAACGACCUUUAUUACACAAUGACGGGCGUGUCAGUACUGAGUCAGUACUGGGUACUCCGCUACUCGCGAACUUUCAGGGAUAUAAACAAAGGCCCGGUCACCGUGCGGUCCAGUUGCAGCCUGUUCGAGAGGCGGUGAGUUCAAUCGACCCAUGCAACCGAUAGCGGUGGUGGCAUCUCCAUCUGCAGAACGUGAAGAACCAGUGGCAUCUACAUCUACAUAACGUGAAGAACCAGUGGCAUCUACAUCUGCAGGAGAAAAUAAAUCGACUUGCGAACACGUAACUCUAAAACCUAACUCGUUCGUAAGCAGAGGAGUCCCUGUAUGAUGAUGAUUGUUGUUCAAUAAAUGAUGGUUUUUGCCGUUCC